GGGAAGUAAAUCACCAGUUACGUCAGUUAUCUUGCUCCGAUCGCUUUGUGCAUGGGGUAUACUAAAGAUGAAUGAAACGGGCACCUGCUGUGCAAAUUUGCCAUUUUUUAAAGGAGAUUUUAAAAGUUGUCUUCAACGCAGCCCUCGUUCACCACCAAUCGUAACUACUCGGCUAUUUCCGUAACCGCCAAUUUUGUCUUACUGUUUAUAAACAAAUAAUGGCGGAAGACGAAGGGAGAGAAAAGAAAUCGAAGAAAAGAGGAGGGAGAGUGGCCAUUCUAACGCCGUCAGAAAAGAAAAGAAGGAAAAAAGAGUAUAACAAGAAACUGGCAGCAAGUAGGAUUUACAUCGGAGGGGCAAUUGAGAGGUGGAAAAGUCUUCGAGAACAGACGGAAGCACAGUCGGACGAAGAAAUGGCGAAAAUCUUGCUGGAACGAUUUGAAAAUGUAGGAGCAUUUAAGGAGGUGCAGAGAGCGCACACCUCCAUAGCCAUGAAAAAUUCAACUUCAGUAGCUUCAUCCAUCAAAGUUAGAUCAAAAACAAAAAAACGUGACAGCACACCAGGCAUUUCAGAAAUCUCAGCUAGAUCUGAACAAGAACCUAUGUCAGGAGUUCAGGAGGUGCAAGUUUCCGGUCCUGAAGAUACAGGCUUGUCCACUGACACCUCAAUGCAGGACUCGGAUGGGGAUACAACAGAGAAUGAGGAGGCGGAUAAUCCGAGAGGUUUUGAUGCUGUCGCUAUACAACCAAACUAUGUGAACAGUGUGGCAGAAAAUGUCGUAUAUGAAGAGGCUGAGUUUGGUUUUGAGUUGCCUGACAACGAUGGUCAGCUAGAAGGUCCGGAGAUUGAGAUGGAAGUUCUUCCCGGCAUCCACAGAGUGUCAACAGAGGAAGAAUGCAGUGAAUUGACAACUGCUACAAAGUGUAUUGCAUUUGUCAGUCAGAUAAAGGAGUUGACAAAGAUCUGUGUGCCACAGUGCAAAGAACAUUUCUGCAGAAAACCCACACAGAUAGAGGAGUCUUUUUUUGGAUCAGUGCUGUACUUGAAAUGGAUCUGUGAAGAAGGCCAUGUAAGUCGCCACUGGUGUUCACAGCCUCAGUUAAACCCGCGACUACAUAGUGGAGACUUCUUAAUUUGUGGUUCCAUCCUGACCUCUGGAAAUAAAUACAGGAAAAUGGCAUUGUGGGCAGAAAUGUUAAAACUGAAAUUUCCAUCUGCAGACCAGUUUCACAGGAUUUGCAGGACAUAUAUUAUUCCAACCAUAGACAAUUUCAGGAGUGGUCACCAGAAAGAACUCUUGAAUAACUGCAAGGACAGAGAUGUUGUAGUUUUAGGUAAGCCAUUUCAAUUGACAUUCAUUUCUACAAGAAUAAGGUUAUACCUAUGUGUACCUGUGUUUACAAGCACUUUGGCUUGUGCCCUUCUUCAGGAGACGGCAGAAAUCAUUCUCCAGUCCACUGAGAACAGUACUGCACCUUGGCUGACAGUGAAGAAAAAUCCCAACCAACCCUAGACAAAAAGAUGACUGAUUAGAAAUCUGUCAGGAUGAUAAAGGCAGGGAUUCUACUUGCAGUCAGGGACCUCCAGGAAGAAGAUAUAAAAGUAUCACAGGGGGGAGAAAAUGCAAUGGACCAGGCCAAGAUUCAAACUUGGGCCCCCUGAAUCUUUUGUCAGGUGCUCUACCAACUGAGCUUUCUGGCCACCGACAGUAAACCCGUCUGACCACCACAUUGAUCCCUCCUGACCUUGAAGACAUCAACUCGGAUCUUCAUCCCCUGGUAGACAUUUUUAUCUGUCAGCUCCAGGGACCCAGGGCACCAAACGUAACAGGAAAGGAGAAAAUAUAACGGACCAGACCAGGAUUAAAAUUUGGACCCCCUGAAUCUCUAGACAAGUGCUCUACCAACUGAACUAUUUGGCCACUGACAAUCAAACCCUUUAGACCACUACAAAGGUGACAGAGAUGGUGACAAAUGCACACAUGGGAAUUGGGUCAGUAAUGAAAUUGUUAAUUUCAGAGAAACAAUUCCCAAAUAUUCUUCAUUUCUAUCGUGUUUGACAUGUGGUGAAGAAUUUGGGGAAUAAGAUUUUGAAGAAUGGUCUCUGGAAACAUUUGGGGCAAUGGUAGAUUUUAAAACAAUCCAGCCUGAGGAACUCUCAAACAAACUUGGCAAAUUUUAUGCUGAGGCAAUGCUAAAACCUAACCAAAAGCGGUCGGCAAGUUUGAUGGGGCAAGCAACAGAGUAUCACAAAACUUCAUUCAAAUCUUUAAGAUCUGCAAUGAACCGUCACAUUCAGGAUAUAGGGAGAGAUUUCAACAUUGUUCGUGACCGACAAUUUAAAGUAUGUAAUAGUAUUUUGGAUGGAAAAUUAAAAAAAAAAUGUUCAAGAGGAUUUGGCUCGACCAACUAAACACAAAGAAGUUAUUCCGGCAACUGACUUGAAAAAAAUUUCCAUGUACCUCUAUGCAAGUCCUGUAUCUCUGCGUUUUCGAAUUUGGCUAAUUCUAUCUCUGCACUUCGUGAGUCAUGGUCUUGAGUUCCAUCAACAGUUGAAAAUGAAUUUGCUGGUCUUCUCCACUGAUGAAAACAGUUGCGAUUAUGUAACACUUUAUCACAACACAAAAGAAAAAACUGGCCGGACGGCAUCGAUGCUUUAGAAAAUUCUAAAGAAAGAAGAAUGUAUUCAAUUCCUUCAGCAAGUGAUAAAUGUCCCGUCAAAUCGCUGCGGUUAUAUAUAUGUCCAAAAUUCAACCUGAUGCCACCAGUCUAUUUGAUCGAUGUUCAAAAGUUGUACUUACUGAUCACAACACAGAAAAUAUUUGGUACACAAACAUCCCACUAAAACACUAUCAAUUUCCUCGUUUUAUGUCUGACAUUGCAAAACAUACACUGCUCACUGUCUCCGCGCCACCGCUAUCCAAGGAAUGAAUGAUACUGGAUUUGAAAUCCGCCACAUAAUGCAUAUGAGUGGACAAAAAAAUGAAGCAUCUGUAUGGAGCUAAUGCAUAUGAGUGGACACUAAAAUGAAGCAUCUGUCCGGAGCUACAACCGUGACUGUUCAACAACACAAAAGAAAUCAAUGAGCUAUGCUGUAUGGGGCAUAAUGAACCCUGCUUUGAAAACGGACAAUGCUGAACUCGUAUCAAGCGUGAACUCCAGCCAACUGAGCUGUGUAGACCUACCAGGAAAUAUGCCUAGUGUAUCUGGGCCUCUGUCACACAGUCACUUGUUUCAUACAUGGGUCCCGCCUCCUUAAUAAUACCACAAGCUACCUGGUGUUUAAGUGUGAAAAGAUGGUGUACUGGAGAGGUACUUCUACUGACCUAAAAUGCCUGAUGUCAUUGGAGCCUAUAGCUCAGUUUGAUGAGACUGAAAGUUGGAUUGAUUCUCAGUUGCACCAACUUCCACCUCACUUUCCAUGAUGUCAGGAGCUUUGUUGGGGAUAUUCAAUAUCUGAGCCAUGUCUGAAACAUGAACAUCCAUGAAUUAUCAAUGCUGUGUGCAUAUGUUUUGCACUUUUAAAUGAUUAAAAGUGUUUGUCAUUAAAUAUGUUUUUAAUAAAUAAGAUGUAAAGUGUCA